ACCCCCGCCGUCCCGGUGACCAGUUGACUUUGGCGCCCAUGGGAAGCAGGAGAGGAGACUGGGGGUCCCCUUGCCUGGCUGGGGGCUGAAUCCAGACUCCACCGUCACGUCCUGCUGUCCCCCACCAACUGGUGGACUGUGUGACCCAAUGGGGACAAAUCGGGGCCUCCCGACAUCCUGUGCCCUCUCUUAAAGUGUUAAAAAGAAGCCAAGAAAGAAGCCGAAUGACUCUCUGGUAUCAGAGCCUCCUCGUCCUCGUCCCCCUCCUCCUCCUGGUCCUUGGCCUCCAAGAGUUCAAGGGCCCCCUCCAAUAUAUGUCCAAGGCCCCCCGGCCAUUCACCCGGCUCUGUUCACCAGAAUGCCUAGGAUGGGCCCUGCCAUCCCGGUACAGUCCAUAUGUCACUACUGUGGGAACCGCAUCAUAACAGUGACCACCCCGGUCCCAGGGGUUCUCACCUGGCUGCUGUGUACAGGUCUUUUUGUGUUUGGGUGCUUCCUGGGCUGCUGCUUCCUCCCCUUCUGUAUGGACAGCUUGAUGGACGUGAAGCACAUGUGCCCCGUGUGCCAGCAAGAGCUCUUCUGCUACCACCGCCUGUGAAGGUCCACCAAAUAAACGUCCACCGAGUGA